ACAGAGAGGGAGGGACCGUACAGAUGGCAGUCAUAUUUUAAAGCAGAAAUAUAUAUAUAUAUAUAUUUUAGACUGAAUUCCGUUUAGUCUACCGUAAGUACAGUCAGCCAGCCAGCCAGUAGAUCAGUAGAUGUCCACCCCUACGGAGCAUGCGGGUGGUAUGUCCCAGCCCCACCCGGGUCCCUCUCCGUGCCCAGGCCGGUCCCCAGGACCAGGCCCCUCCCCUAGCUCCGGACCCCCCAGCGGACCCCCCAGUCUACAGGGGCAGGGGGCUGGGGACUACCUUCAGGACACCAUGCUCCCCAUGCACCAGCCGAUGGAGGGCGUUGAUGAGAAGGGGAUGGGAGAUGAGACAAACUAUGGCCAGAUGAAGGGAGUUGGGAUGAGGGCACUACACAGCGGAAUGGGCCCUUCACAGAGCCCUCUGGACCAGCACAUCAACCAAGGCUACAUGCCCCCACAACCCUCCCCCCUGGGUGUCCCAGAGCACGCUUCCAGCCCCCUAUCCAGGGGCGGCCCUACGCCUCCCAUGCCCCCUCAGAUGUCCCCUGUCCCGUCGGGCUCCAUGAUACCCCAGAUGGACCCCCAGUCAGCCAUGGGUCCACAGGGGCCUCUUGGUCGUGGCUGCUCCUCCUUCAGCCCUGUCCAAUUACAGCAACUCCGGGCCCAGAUCCUGGCCUAUAAGAUUCUUGGGCGGGGCCAACCGCUUCCUGAAAACCUCCAGCUGGCGGUCCAGGGCAAGAGGAGUCUGCCCACCAUGCAGCAACAACAGCAGCAGCAGCAGCCGAGCACUGGCAGCCCCUACAGCAGGCCUCCUGGUAUGUCCUCUAUGUCUGGCCCUCAGUCAGGCCCUGGUCCCACCAUCACUAUGCCAGGACAAAAUCAGACACACGGACCCAAACCCUGGCCUGAAGGCCAAGGUGGUGAUAUUCCCAGCAACCCCCAGAAGCUUCUAGCUCCGCCCCCCAGUGGUAGACCCUCACCUGCCCCACCCCAGGCCCCUCCUCCUGGACCCAUGUCCGGCCCCUCUAAUACCCAUCAGCCCCAGGGACAGCAGCCGUCGCCCGUCAUCACACUGCAACAGAAACAGAACCGCGUUACGCCCAUCCAGAAACCACAUGGCCUGGACCCCACAGAGAUACUGCAGGAGAGAGAGUACAGGCUGCAGGCUCGUAUCGCUCACCGGAUCCGGGAGCUGGAGAGUCUACCUGGAGCUCUGCCUCCGGACCUGAGGAGUAAAGCCACGGUGGAACUCAAGGCUUUGAGACUUCUCAACUUCCAACGACAGCUGCGUCAGGAUGUGGUCCAGUGUAUGCGUAGAGACACCACCCUGGAGACAGCCCUGAACUCCAAGGCUUACAAGAGGAGCAAGCGCCAGACGCUGAGGGAGGCUCGCAUGACAGAGAAACUGGAGAAACAGCAGAAGAUGGAACAGGAGAGGAAACGCAGACAGAAACACCAGGAGUAUCUGAACAGCAUCCUGCAGCAUGCCAAGGACUUUAAGGACUACCACCGCUCUAUCACUGCCAAGAUGCAGAAGCAGAACAAGGCCAUCACCACCUGGCACACUAACACAGAGAGAGAACAGAAGAAAGAGACAGAGAGGAUCGAGAAGGAGAGGAUGAGGAGACUCAUGGCGGAGGAUGAGGAGGGCUACAGGAAGCUGAUCGACCAGAAGAAGGACAAGCGUCUGGCGUAUUUGCUGCAGCAGACUGACGAGUACGUAGCUAACCUCACUGACCUAGUCUACGAACACAAGGCUGCACAGGCAGCCAACAUGAAGAAGAAGAAGAAGAAGCAGAAGAAGAAGAAUAUUGAUGAGAGCGGGGAAGGGAUGAGUGGCAUCGGGCCUGACGGGGAGCCCAUGGAUGAGAGCAGUCAGAUGAGUGAGCUGCCAGUCAAAGUGAUCCAGACAGAAACAGGGAAGGUUCUGCAGGGGCUCGACGCCCCCAGGUCCUCACAGUUGGAGGCCUGGCUAGAGAUGAACCCUGGAUAUGAAGUAGCCCCAAGGUCAGACAGUGAAGAGAGCGGCUCAGAGUUUGAGGACGAGAUUAUCCAACAUGAAGAAACUCUUGGAGGGUGCGUGCUCAUUGAGUUGGAGGCCAAGCACGCCUCUAACUUAAUCAUCAAGUUUGCAGACGACACAACAGUAGUAGGCUUGAUUACCAACAAUAAUGAGACACUCGGGGUAUGGUGCCAGGAAAAUAACCUCUCACUCAACAUCAUCAAAACAAAGGAGAUGAUCAUGGACUUCAGGAAACAGCAGAGGGAGCACCCCCCUAUCCACAUCGAUGGGACAGCAGUGGAGAAGGUUUAA